AUGAUCCGGAAUUGCCCGGGUCGCUACAUUAUCAAGCACAAGAAGCAAGCGCCGUUCUUGGUGGACGGAGUGCCUGUGACUGCCAUCGACACUGGAGUCUUCGUCCAGAAAGCACUUGCCAGUUCUGAGGGCGAGGUGCCGACUAUCGUUGUGCACGACUUGGAGAGUCCACGAUGCGUUGACCGAGUCAAAGUUGUGGUGUUUGGGGCUGGAGGAAGUGGCGGCGGCGUUAUCACCUACUGCAAGCAAGAGUCGAAGGAAGGACAAGAUGGAGCAGCUGUCUACGUCCACACGCUGAAUACGGCGUCGGGGCUGCGCAGAAAGCUUGGGGGAUUGCAGAUCGACCACGUCCUCAAAGUGGCGGACGACAACUGA